AUGUACAUUUCAAAGCCUCUUUUUACCCUAGCCCUGUGCCUCACCAGUAGCCAGGACGCACUUGGUGCCCCGGCCCAGCUCGAUUCCCGGGAUAUCGUUGAGCGCGCCAAUCCUGGAAACAGCGAGAACAACCCCAUCAAGGGAACUAUGAAUGUCGACAAGCAGAGCUGA